GCAGAAGUUGCAAACGCCGGCGAGCGGCGGCGGGGACGGGCGAGGAGCGAGCUGCGCUCGGAGCCGCCCCGCAGCGCCCGCCAUGGGCAACGCGGCCGGGGGGCUGGAGGGGGGCGCGGCCCCGCGGGAGCCCCGCGACCACCGCCCGCAGCCCGGGCCCCCGCCCGCCGCCGCCGCGCCGCCGCCCCCCCGGCAGCCCAUGCCCGGCGCCGCCGAGCUGGAGGAGCGCUUCGGCCGCGUCCUGAAUUCCAUGAACCUGCCCCCGGACAAGAUGAAGCUGCUUAACCAGUACGACAACGAGAAGAAGUGGGAGCUGAUCUGUGACCAGGAGCGUUUCCAGGUGAAGAACCCUCCAUCUGCCUACAUCCAGAAGCUGAAGAGCUACUUGGACACAGGGGGCGUCAGCAGGAAGUUCAAGAGGCGAGUGCAGGAGUCGACGCAGGUGCUCCGGGAGCUGGAGAUCUCCCUGAGGACCAACUACAUUGGCUGGGUCCAGGAGUUCCUCAACGAGGAGAACAAGGGGCUGGACGUGCUGCUGGAGUACCUCGCCUUUGCCCAGUGCUCUGUCGCGUAUGACAUGGAGAGCGCGGAGAACAGCCCCGGCUCUGACAAGGGCAAGGAGCGGUCGCUGGAGGACCUGAACAAAAGCACCUCCUCGUCCCCCACGCAGGGCUCCUCCAAGCCGCGGCCCCUCACUGUAAGCUGCUGCCUCUCGAACCAGCACAUCCACACCCUCCUCCGCCACGUCCACCCCAGCGUCCCCUGCGGUGCCCCGGGCAGCGAUGGGGACAGUGCCCCCAGGUCACCCGGCAGCUCCUGCCCGCCCCGGCUGAACCCCUCGCACAGCAGGAAGACGCUGCGCAACUCGCGGCUCGUCAGCCAGAAGGACGAUGUCCAUGUGUGCAUCAUGUGCCUCCGCGCCAUCAUGAACUACCAGUCUGGCUUCAGCCUGGUGAUGAACCACCCAGCCUGCGUCAACGAGAUCACCCUGAGCCUCAACAACAAGAGCGCCAGGACCAAGGCUCUGGUGCUGGAGCUGCUGGCCGCCGUCUGCCUGGUCCGAGGUGGCCACGACAUCAUCCUGGCUGCCUUUGACAACUUCAAGGAGGUCUGCGGGGAGAAGAACCGCUUCGAGAAGCUGAUGGAGUAUUUCCGAAAUGAGGACACCAACAUUGACUUCAUGGUGGCCUGCAUGCAGUUCAUCAACAUCGUGGUGCACUCGGUGGAGAACAUGAACUUCCGCGUGUUCCUGCAGUACGAGUUCACCCACCUGGGGCUGGACCAGUACCUGGAGACUCUGCGCCUCACUGAGAGCGACAAGCUGCAGGUGCAGAUCCAAGCCUACCUGGACAACGUCUUCGACGUGGGGGCCAUGCUGGAGGACUCGGAGACCAAAACAGCGGUGCUGGAGCACAUGGAGGAGCUGCAGGAGCACGUCAGCCAGUUGACAGAGAAGCUGCAGGAUGCGGAGAACGACUCCAUGGCCAAGAUAGCGGAGCUGGAGAAGCAGCUGAGCCAGGCGCGGCGGGAGCUGGAGGCGCUGCGGGAGCAGCUGAGCCCCCCGCGGCCGCCCAGCCCGCCGUCCCCGCAGCCCCAGGAGUGCUACCGGCUGGCGCUGGAGCGGCGGCUGGCGGAGCUCGAGGAGAAGGGGCUGGUGCAGAUUCUGCGUGGGCCCGACGGAGACGUCGCCAUCGAAAUUGUCCCCGUUGUCAUAGAAACCCCUGCAACCCCCGUGGUUUCUGGGGAGGCCACUGCCACCACCGACACCACCGCCACCUGCACAGAUGCUCCGGCUCUGGCUCCAGCCCCACCUCCCCCACCAGCACCUGCUGCCCCCCCGCCCCCACCCCCUCCACCCCCCCCGCCUCUGCCGGGGGCUGAGCCCAUCCCUCCCCCACCCCCCGCACCCCCUCUGCCCGCAGGCACCGCUCCCCCCCCAGCUCCCCCACUCCCGGGUGCCCCGGUGCCACCACCCCCCCCACCGCUCCCGGGGGGGCCCGAGGGCCCCGUGCCUCCCCCUCCACCACCCCCACCCCUCGGUGGGGAGCCCGCAGCCGGGCCGGGUGCCCCCGCCACUGCCAACGGUUCAGUGAAGGUGAAGAAGCCGAUCCAGACCAAGUUCCGCAUGCCCGUCUUCAACUGGGUGGCCCUGAAGCCGAGCCAGAUCGACGGCACCGUCUUCACCGAGCUCAACGAUGAGAAGGUGCUGCAGGAGCUGGACAUGAGUGACUUUGAGGAGCAGUUCAAGACCAAGGCACAGGGCCCCGCCCUGGACAUCAGUGCCCUCAAGGCCAAGGCCACGCAGAAGGCCCCCAGCAAGGUGACCCUCAUGGAGUCCAACCGGGCCAAGAACUUGGCCAUCACCCUGCGCAAGGGCGGCCGCAGCGUCCAGGACAUCUGCACGGCCAUCGAGACGUACGACCAGCAAGCCCUGAGCCUCGACUUCCUGGAGCUGCUGCUGCGCUUUCUGCCCACCGAGUACGAGCGGACCCUGAUCGGGAAGUUCGAGCGGGACCAGCAGCCGCCGGAGGAGCUCUCGGACGAGGAUCAGUUCAUGAUCCGCUUCAGCAAGAUCCCGCGCCUGGCCGAGCGCAUGAACGUCAUGAUCUUCCUGGGCAGCUUCGGCGACACGGCCCAGCUGCUGAUGCCGCAACUCAACGCCAUCAUCGCUGCCUCCAUGUCCCUCAAGUCCUCCGGCAAGCUGCGCCACAUACUCGAGAUUGUCCUGGCCUUCGGGAACUACAUGAACAGCAGCAAGCGUGGAGCUGCCUACGGCUUCCGGCUGCAGAGCCUGGACGCGCUCCUCGAGAUGAAGUCCACAGACCGCAAGCAGACGCUGCUGCACUACCUGGUGCGGGUGAUCAUGGAGAAGUACCCGGAGCUCACCGGCUUCCACACCGAGCUGCACUUCCUCGACAAGGCAGGCACAGUGUCCCUGGAUGGUGUCCUGCAAGACGUGCGAAGCCUGCAGCAGGGCAUGGAGCUGACCCGCAGGGAGUUCAUGCGGCAGGAUGACAGCCCCGUGCUCAAGGACUUCCUCAAGGUCAACUCCGAGGUGAUGGAGAAGCUGCAGGCUGACAGCAAAACCGCCAAGGAAGCAUAUGAGUCAGCUGUGGAGUAUUUCGGGGAGAACCCCAAGACCAGUCCCCCCACCACCUUCUUCCCCAUGUUCAUGCGCUUCAUCAAAGCCUACAAGAAAGCAGAGCAGGACAUCGAGCUGUGGAAGAAGCAAGAGGCUGCAGCCAAAGAGGUGGAAGCCGGCUCCCCUGGCAGCGAGCAGCAGCCCGAGCUGCCUGUCCAGAAGGCCAGGAGGCAGCAGAUGGACAUGAUUGCUGAGCUGAAGAAGAGGCAGAUGGUGAAGGAACCACUCAUCUACGAAGGCAAAGAUGGGGCCAUUGAGGAUAUAAUUUCAGCUCUCAAAACUGUCCCUUUCACGGCCCGGACGGGCAAACGCUCGUCCCGGCUCUUCUGCGACGUGAGCUUCAACGAGGAGAGUCCUCUAUCUGCGGAACAACCCGUACCGGCGGGGGGACAAGGCCCGCGGCAGCGCCAAGAAGCGGGCGGCGGGGCAGAGCCUGCAGGCGACGCCGGACAUCGCACUGUGACCGGCGCCGUCCCUGCAGCGGCAGCAGCGGGGCGGGACCGUCCUCCCGACGCGGAUGGGACCGCAGGAUGUCAGUCCCUCGGCGCGGGGCUCGGCGGGCUGGAGGGACAGCGCCCGCUCCGAGCUGCUCCAGCCGCUUAACGUGCCAGCUCCGCCUCGCCUGCCGGGGCCGGGCGCAGCACCCCCGGCGCUUGCUUGGCCGUGUCCCUGAGCUCCUCUCCCCGGGCUGGCAGGGCUGGGGGGUCCUCCUGGCUACGGCAGGGAGGGGGAAGCACAGAAAGAGCCCCAGCUUGUCCUGGAAGGAAAAGAGAGGCUGUCCCAUCCCUACCCCGGCGCUGCUCCCUCGCACACCGGCCGCCGGACCAGCCCCGUGUCCGGUGUCCCUCCCUCCGCUCGCUGAUGCCUUUGAUUGCGGCUGCGGGAAGGGAGGGGGUGUCAGCCAGGGACACAACGCUCCCCGCUCAUCUCCCCCGGCCCGCAGAGCCCCCCGAGAGCCGCGUUCUCCUGCGCUGCAGAGGCAGCCCGGAGCUGCUGCAGAGCUCCCACCGCGGGCACCUCCCGGAGCCGGGGCUGGCAGCGGUGCUAUUUUACCGGAUUUCAUAAGUCUUCCUUCAAAUUUCUCAGUGCUGCGGCAGCAGGGAUUGGAACACCCCCACACAGGGUGUCCCCAAGGCUGUGGCGAGCAGCGCUGGGCUGUUCCUCGCCGCAGGGGAGGCUCCGUAGCUGCGACAAUCGGCAGCAGGGACAAGUUUCUCUGCGAGGUGGUGGCACCUCCGCCCGCCUGCAUCCCCAGCAUCCAGCUGCACUGUCGGGCUGGAGCCUCCGGGAUGGACCGGGACUGUCAGCCCUGCGGGGCUCCCCGUUUCCCUGGGGGGGACACGCAGGAGAUGCCGGCAGCCCCCGGCCCCGCAGCACCGCCAUCCCAAAGGCUGCGGGGUCCCUGCUGCCGCCAGGCAGGAGCGGCCCCGGGGCCGCACGAGCCUCUCGGUACCGGAGCGGAGCCGGCUGUCGCUCCGUCCCCCGCCCCGCUGCUGCUGAGUAACCCCGAGCCCGCAGUGCCGAAUUAAUCCUCUCCUGGUGCAUUUACUCCAUCCAACAGCCCCCGCUCCUCCCUCCUCCUGUCCCUCCUCCCGUCCUUUCUCGCUCGUCCCAGCUUCAGCCAGAGCAGCCGCUGCUUCCUGCUGUAUUUAAGCUGCUUCAGCGCCGGCUCCGUGUCCGGGGAGGGAUGGGAAAUGAAUGUGUAACUUAUAAAUGCCUUUAAGCCAGAAAUGUAAACCAUUAACUGCUCAUUUGUAUACAUUAUUUUUAUAUACCGAAGGCCUGUUUAAUCUAAAGCAGAACUGGUAAUAAAAUGUCUCAGAGGAUAAA